AAGCCCCUGUUUGUCCAUUUUGUCUUCUUGUAGCAAGCAUACAAUAUUGUAUCAGUAAAUUGUGUCUGAAUUUUCAUGCUUCAACAUGUUCUUUCGGGAGUCCUCUCAGAAAAAAAGGAAAAACAUUUCAGUGCAUGCCCAUGUGAUGUGGGCGGAAUGUUCACUUCUGACUACCGAUCCGUCCGUCAAUGUUGUCACACUCCUACGAGAGGCAGAAAUGAGAGCUGAUGACCUCCGAAUUAGACAAAAUAUAUGUUUGAUAAUAACGGAAGUGCCCGAAACAAGAGGAAUCAAAAGCCAGAAUGACCGAUGAGCACGGGAUAGAUCGCUCCUCUCUGAAAACCCACAGUUUGCUUCAACCAGGGGGGUCAGAAUCUCUAAACCCCAGUCAUGAGUUCAAGACAAGCAACCAGUCUUUAGAUCACCUGGAGGAAUUUAAAAGAUUAAGUUUAGAACAGCAGGGGAGAUCUGCUUCUCCAAGCCCCAGCCAUGAGUCCACGAAGAGCAGUCAGUCAAUAAACCCUCCACAGGAUUUUAAAGCAUCCAGUUUACUUCAACCAGGAGGAUCAGACCCCAGUCAUGAGCUCAAGACCAGCAACCAGUCUCUGGAUCACCUGGUGGAACUUCAAGAGUCUAGCUCAGCACAGCAGGGGAGAUCUGCUUCUCCAAGCCCCAGCCAUGAGUCCUUGAAGAGUAGUCAGUCAAUAAACCAUCCACGGGAUUUUAAAGGAUCCAGCUUAUUUCAACCAGUAGGAUCAGAUUCUCCAGUACAUGAGCUCAAGAGUUCUGUGGAGCAUCCGGCGGAAAUAAGCAUUAUCACAUCUAUUAAAUUAAGGAACCAAUUUCAGUUUUUGCAAGAAGGAAAAUCAAACAGACUCGUACCUCUCGAGGACACCUAUACUGAGCUUUACAUCACAGAAGGUGGAUGUGGAGAGAUCAACACUGAACAUGAGGUGAGACAGAUUGAAGCAGCGUUCAGGAGAGCAGCGAGAGAGGAGGACAGACCGAUCGAAUGCAACGAUAUCUUCAAACAUUCACCCAAACUUGGCAGACCCAUCAGAACUGUGCUCACGAAGGGAGUCGCUGGCAUUGGAAAAACAGUCUCUGUGCAGAAGUUCAUUCUGGAUUGGGCUAAAGGGAAAGAGAAUCAAGAUGUUCACCUCAUAUUUCCACUGCCUUUCAGAGAGCUCAAUCUGAUGAAGGAUCAAAAAGUUAGUCUCAAGGACGUUCUUCAUAUUUUCCUCCCAGAAUCAAAACAAUUGGACAUAUGUAGUGAUAAAUAUAAAGUGUUGUUCAUCUUGGAUGGUUUGGAUGAGUGUCGUCUGUCUCUGGAUUUUCGCAGCAACUUGAGUAUGUGUAAUGUCAAUGAAUCGGCCUCAAUAGACGUGCUGCUGAUAAACCUCAUCGCUGGGAAUCUGCUUCCUUCUGCUCUCAUCUGGAUCACCUCCAGACCAGCAGCAGCUUAUCAAAUCCCCUCUGAAUGUGUCGAUCGAGUCACAGAGGUACGAGGCUUUAGCGACCCGCAGAAGGAGGAAUACUUCAGAAAGAGAAUUAAAGAUGUGAAUGUGGCAAACAAAAUCAUCUCACAUCUAAAGUCAUCGAGAAGUCUUUACAUCAUGUGUCACAUCCCAGUGUUCUGCUGGAUUUCUGCCACUGUUCUAGAGAGAAUCUUGAGCGAAGUUGGGAAUGAAGGGAUCCCCACCACUUUAACUCAAAUGUACACACAGUUUCUGCUCAAAAGCAUAAAUCAUGAGAAGGAUUAUGAAAGAAAGAUUAAAGAUGAAGACAUGAUUCUUAAACUUGGGAAACUUGCUUUUCAGCAGCUCGAGAAAGGGAAUUUAAUCUUCUACGAGGAAGAUCUCAGACAAUGUGAUAUUGACGUGCAAGAAGCAUCAGUUUUUUCAGGAUUGUGCACUCAGAUCUUCAGAGAACAAUCAGGACUGUUUCUAGGAAAGGCUUACUGCUUCGUCCAUCUAAGUGUUCAAGAACAUCUUGCGGCUCUAUACGUGUACCUCACCUUUAUAAAUGAAAAUGUACAUGUAUUACACAGUCCGAGUGGUUUGUUCAACAUUCUGGCUUGCGCGUUCCCUUCAAAUGAUUCACCAUCUGCCCUGUAUCAAAGAGCAGUGAAUAAAGCUCUGCAGAGUCCCAAUGGACAUUGGGACAUUUUUCUUCGCUUCUUUGUGGGUUUCUCACUGAAGUCCAACCAGUCGCUCUUACAAAAUCUAUUCAAAGAGUCAGAAAGACUCUCAUGCAGCAAAGAGAUUGCCCAGCUGAUCAAGACGAAGAUUAAAGAAAAUCUGUCCCCUGAGAAGUCCAUCAAUCUCUUCCACUGUCUGAAUGAACUGCAUGAUCAUGAUCUAGUGGGGGAAGUUCAGAAUUAUCUUAAGUGUGGCUCAGUAGUCAAUAAAACACUCUCACGCUCGCAGUGGUUGGCCUUGGUUUUUGUCUUGCUGACCUCAGGACAAUCUCUUGAUGUGUUUGAUUUAGACAACUAUGUUGAGAAACACAUUGCAGGAAAUGCAGCAAUUCAAUGGCUACGACCCGUGAUUGAAGCAUCGAAAUCAGCAAGACUUUGUGAACAUAGCCUGACACUGAAAGACUGUGCUACUUUGGUUUCUGUCCUCACCUCAAAGACGUCAUGUCUGAGAGAACUGAUCUUAACAGACAGCAAUAUAAAGGAUGCAGGAGUGAAGCAUCUCUCUACAGGACUAGCGAAUGCGCAGUGUCAGCUGGAGGCACUGAGGCUUAAGAACUGUGGCAUCACUCAUGAAGGUUGUGCUGCCCUGGCUUUAGCUUUAAGAUCAAACCCCUCGCACUUGAGAGAGCUGGAUCUGUCAGGAAAUCCAAUAAGAAAGUCUGGGGUGAAGCUGCUCUCAGAGGAACUGAGGAAUCCACUUUGUAAACUUGAAAAAAUAAUGUUGAGAAAUUGUGGUAUCACACAUGAGGCUGAUGCUGCGCUGGUUUCACUUCUAAGUUCAAACCCCUCACACCUUAGAGAACUAAAUUUGUCCAAGAAUAAAUUAGGAGAUUUAGGAAUAAAACUGCUUUCGGAUGCAUUGGGGUCUACUAACUGUGAACUGAAGAUAUUACUGCUGGAGAAUUGCUCUAUCACCCAGGAAGGUUGUGCUGAGCUGGCUUCAGCUCUGAUAUCAAACCCUGUUCACCUGAGAGAACUGGAUCUUUCUUCGAAUAAAUUUAAACACAAUGGAGUAAAGAGACUCCUUGUCAAUCUGGAGAGCUCUGGUUGUAAUCUCGAAAUUCUAAAGUUAGAUAAUUGUGGUGUCACAGAUGAGGGCUGUGCGGCUUUGGCUUCGGCAUUAAAAUCAAGCUGCUUAAACCUAAAAAAGAUGACUCUUAACUGGAACAAAAUUGGUGACUCAGGAGCUCAGCCACUUUUUGCUGCAUUGGGAGAUCCUAACUGUAAAUUACAAGUUCUGCGACUGAGAGGUUGCAAAAUUACAGACAAAGGGUACGAGGCUCUGGCUUCAACUUUAAAAACAAACCCCUCACACCUGAAAGAACUGGAUCUGUCUCAGAAUAAACUGAGUAACCGAGGAAUAGAACUUCUCUCUAUUGCACUGGCUUAUCCUAACUGUAAAUUGGAGAUCCUCCGUCUGGAAAUUUGUGGCAUCACAGAUAAAGGUUGUGCUGUUCUGGCAUCCGCUCUGAGAUCAAACCCAUCACACCUGAAAGAGCUCGAUCUGUACAUGAACAAGCUUGGAUUUUAUGGAGGACAGCUGAUCUCUGAUAUGAAAGAUGAUCCAACAUUCAAACUAGAAAUAGUAAAAUAUUAGCCAAAUGGUCAUUACUCCUUGAUUAUAAGAAAGAAAGAAAGAAAGAAAGAAAGAAAGAAAGAAAGAAAGAAAGAAAGAAAGAAAGAAAGAAAGAAAGAAAGAAAGAAAGAAAGAAAGAAAGAAAGAGGAAUUGUAAACACUCACUCAAUGUCUUUCUGUUGACCAGUAUUGCUAAUUGUUUACUAAUUGAUUACAGUUUGCUCUGGUGUAAAUAUUUGGAUAUAAUAAAAUAGUAAUCCACAUUGAAAUGAUGUAUAGGUUGUAUUAUACUCUAUGGAUAUAAAUGUAGUUUUCCAGAUUCAUAUAUUCUGUAUUGCACAUUAAUCAACAAACAAAACAAAACUGGGAAACUAGAUUUAAAUGUAUUCAUCGGAUGAUCAGAGUGAUCACUCAUCCGGAAAACUGUAAAGUAACUCAUAUGCAAAAUAACCACGAAAACAUUCACAGUUACAACUGUGAAAUCAUGAAAAAUGAAUACAAAUAAAGUACAAAAAUAAUUACUUUCAACGGCUAACAUUCCCCCCUGUCUGCUGCUUUCUUCCAAAUAGCCCACGUUUUCCAUCAAUAAAACUGAAUGUGAAGAGACAGACAAACCUACAAUUGCUCUUUGGACUUUGUAACAUUUAAACACAUGUACAUUUCUUUAUUUUAUUGUAUUUUUCUUACAUGUUUUGUAUUUGUCAUGUUUCGUUUAUAACAUGUAUCUUCAGAGCGUAUGAAGGGAAC